AUUAAUGAAAAUUAUUUAACAAAUUUAAAAGAUAAAAUCAAUAAAAAUGAGAAAGAAAUUGUACGCAUCCAAAAUAAUUAUUAUGACAAAGAUAUAUUGGAUAAUGUUAAGUUACUUGAAAAUUUAAUAAAAACUAAAAUACAAAGCAGAGAAAAGGAAGAUGAAUCUGUGUCAACAUCCAUUGAUUCCAGCCUUAACUCAUCAAAAAUUACAGCAGCAAAUGACGAUCAACUAAAUGUAACUAUGAUUCCAUACAAUUUACUUUCAAUCAAAAUUCCAAAAUCACCCACACCUCCUAUCAAUUUAAAGGAUAAAUUAUUUAAAUGGUCUUGUGCACAAAAUCAGCAAAAUAAGUUAGAGCAUAAAAAUUAUAAUCUUCCAAAGACACCGCCAAUGCCUGAAACGGUUAAGAAGUAUAUGCUUUGUCGCUCUAGAAAUGAUUAUACCACAACAUUUGAGAACUUGACUCAAGAUUCAUUGGACAUAUAUGAUAAUCAGACUAAUUCUUACUUGUCAGAUACUAAAAAUUUUACUCAAUUACAAAAUGAUAUCGAUUUCGUCACUUUUCAAAAAGAAAAUGAUUAUGAUAACCAGAAAAAUAUGCUAAGGGCUACAAAUCCGAAAACUUUAGAUUUUGACCAAAAUGAAAGAAAUCUCUUAGAUAUCAAUCUUACAACCCAUAAUCCUGCGUGUUCAAAAUUAACAAGUGCUCAUAUGCAUUUCAUGUCUACAUCUUACCACUCAAUAUUAUCACCAGAAAAAACGAAACCUUUGGAAACGAUAAAGGGAAAAAGAAGAUCUAAGUACAAUAAAUCCUCAAGUCAAAGUCGGAUUGUGAAUGAUCAAAAAUCGAAUCCCUUGGAUGGAAAUGGCCAUUCUAGUGGUUAUAAUAAAAAUAACGAUAUAAACACGGAUACUAUUAAACGAGAUAAAGAAAAUGUCUCUGAUGUAAAUGGUAUCAAUGGCAAUCAAUUAUUUGGAGAGGUGAUCUUUAGCCCCGGGUUGACAAAAGAUUUUGCCGAUUUGAAGAAAAGAAAUUCUAAAUCUGAUUCAUCAAAAAAAGGCGCGAAGAGGAGUAAAAGGUCUUCUAAAAAGUUUUAAGAUUUGCACCAACUUUUAGUUGUUGUUUUGUCUAAAAAUGAAUGUUUAAUUUGGUUAUAAUUAAUCUUUUUUAAAUAUCACAAACUAAAAUUUGUAAAUAAAUUUAU